AUUGGAAAUUAGAAUGGUAAUAUUCUAUCACGUAUUUCAUAAGAGAAAUAUUCGAUUAUUUAUCAUGUCACUUAUGCUCGAAGGACAAUUGUAUAAGCUUGUUUAAUAUAAUAAAAAAACGAAUGUAAUAAGGAAUUACAAGCAUUAAUAAUUCAUAAUAUAUCUCUGAUCUAUUGAAUAGAAAGAAUAUAAUUCAUCAAUUCUCCGAUACGUUCAAUUGCUGAAAAAUAUUUUGAACAGCAUAUAAAUAAGAAGAUUAUUCCUCGAAAAUCUUUACAAACAAGUCUUUCACCGAUGAUGAUCUUUCUACUUAAGAUUCUAUAUUUUUCAUUGAUAUUGAUACAAACUGUACUAUGUCUAAAUAGCAAUGUGUUCCUUCACAUCUUCGAAGAUAUUAUGACAGAUGAUUAUAAGAGUAAUGGAAUUGCAGGUUAUGCAAAUAUCGAUAUGUUGAAGGAUAUUGCUCAAAUAAGAGGACCUAUUAAUCCAAAUUUAAUUAAUUCUUGCGAAUUAAGCUAUAAAAAUUGUACUGGAAGAGAUUAUAAUAGAAUUACUUUUAUUCAAUUUGAAGAUACUUCCUAUUUUGAUACCAUCUGCAAAAGUCGUAUAAAGAAAUAUGUAAAUGAAAGCGUCUUAGCUAUUGUUAUAAUAGCAAAGAAUUUCGAUAAUUCAAGUUUAAAUAGUAUGGUAACUAAUGGAAUUCCAUGGGCAUAUUUUGAACAACCACCAAAUCUAAAUAAUAUAAAUUCUCUAAAUGAAAGUCAAAUGAUUAUAUCAACAAAUCAAAUGUUACGUUUUAAAAAGAAUAUGCAAAUAGAUUUAACUUUUGCGCUUGAAGAGCAACAGAGCCUUAAAUCAUCCACGGGUACACCUCUUUCUAUUGAUGUUAUGCAAUUAAAUAUAGAUUUUUUUGAUGUAAUUUUUACACCAAUCAAUGAAGCUUGCGAAGGAAUUUAUGUGGAAAAGCAGUAUGCAUACAACAAAAAAACAUGUCAAAAGGAAUGCAUUGCACUGGAUGAUUGCAUAUGUAUUAAAUUAGCCCCGACCUGCUAUUUAGUAAUAUCAUCUCCUGGAAUUUAUAGUCUUGGAGAGUUUAGAAAAACACCAAAAGAUCCAGAUAUAUUCUGCUUCUCUCAUUAUACUAAUGAUUUAAGAAAAGGGAUAAUUUCAUCUACGAGUGAUAAAUAUAUUUACUCAUUUGUUAAUUUUAAUUUAUCAAAGUUAACGAUUUUGAAUAAUCUACGAAGAUAUCUAAGAGUUUCCACGAUACGAACAUACUCCAUUAAUGAAUUCAAAAACAACAAUAUGAGAUCGAAUGAUCGUGUAGUGAUUAUUUUCAAUGAUUUGUCUGCGCCUUAUUCAUUAGCAACUACCGUUCAACCUCCUACGACAUCUGAAUUGACUACAGUUGCGCCAAUACUUUUUACGAGUUUUAGUCGAUAUACUGGCCAACAAAAAGCAUUUUCAGAAGAUCUUAUAUUUAACAUUGAUCUUAAACAAUGUAUAAAUGAAUGUCAAAAUAAAAUCCUAUGCAAAUAUGUAUGCUAUAACACAAGUACACGACAAUGUUCAGUCUAUUCUGUGAGCAAUCAAGGAAUUGAACUACUCAAUGUUCGAGAAGUAUAUGAACUUAACAUUUGUCUUGUUAGAGGUAAUACGGAAUUUUAUAAUAAAUGCUAAUUUCUAUGUU